AUGCGAUUUCUGACCAAAAUAUGCAAAAAGGAUCUAGCGUCGGAGAAAGCAACACUAGCCACUCACUUUCGCGACAUAGAAGACGUCAAUAACGUAAUCUACCGGAUGAUCCAAGAAGAGGCUUACUCUGAGGAAACGACCCUCCUACGGCAAGGAAGCAUCGUGGCAUCAACUUACGGAGAUCGUGGUCAACGAGAUGCGACAGUUAUAUCACAUAUCAGACUGAGGGCAAGAGCUCGCGCCAUAGCGAAAACUUGCCAAAAAUGUCGCAAUAAAAGGGCGCUUCCAGAGACGCCGGAGAUUGGAAGCUUGCCACCGGAGAGGCUAGCAAUCAACGAACUACCGUUCACGAAUACAGGCAUCGACCACUUUGGCCCACUAGAAGUAAAUGUAGGAAGACGGCGAGAGAAACGAUGGGGUGUUUUAUUCACUUGCCUCACCGUGCGAGCAGUACACAUCGAGCUGGCGAAUUCCCUGUCUACGGACGCAUUCAUGCUAAUGCUGGAAAUGUUUGUAGCCCGUCGAGGAGUCCCUAAGAGAAUCGUGUCGGACAACGGGACAAACUUUAGAGGAGCGAGCCGGCUACUACAAGAAGAAAUCGCAAGAAUCUCAUCAGACGAGCUGGAAACCAAGUACCCGGAAAUCGAAUGGUCCUUCAUACCCCCAGGAGCACCUCAUAUGGGCGGUGCGUGGGAGAGGAUGAUCAGAUCUGUAAAAUCCAUAUUAUCCGAGAUAUUGGAAGAGAAACAUGUACAAGAACCAGUGCUGAGAGCGGCACUGGCAAAAAUAGAAAAUAUGCUGAAUUCCAGACCCCUGACUUACGUGCCAUUGGAGAGUCCGGAAGCUGACGUACUUACACCAAAUCACUUCCUGAGAGCAGAGACCAGUUCGAUGGCAGCGAAUGACGACAGCAGCACGAUCGGAGUUUCACUUGGUAAGAGUUUUCGCAUUGCAGGUCAGAUGGCGGACAGCUUCAGAAAACGAUGGCUGAAGGAAUAUCUACCAAGUCUUACUUCACGAACCAAAUGGCAUGGCCCGCCAACCAACCCCAUCGACAAAUCAACAUGCCGACCAAGACGUAACCAGAAUUUUGGCAAACAUCACGAAAAACGACGAAGUUUGCGAAGGGGGGAAUGUUAUGGCAUGAACCUAAAUGGCAGCGCGAAAAACCUUUGCGCCUAA